CCAUCAGUCUCAUGAAGUCAUUGCCGAGCAGCCACUCAGUGCCGGGCUGAAGCUGAAGGAGCGCUGUGGGCUCCUCAGUUCUGGAUCUCUGGAGCCGCGGAGGACUCCUCAGCACGGUCCGCUCAGGUUGACAACUGCAGCAGCCCCCGUACUGCCUGCCCGCAUGGACAUACCACCAGCCCCGACAGCAUGCACAUCUGAGAGCUUCAACAACACCGUCUUUUGUGUAGCCUGAGGGGGGAGAAAGUCUGCAAGAUCACUUUCCUUGCUCCGCUGAGGUGGACCGAGCGUCAAAGGAUUUUUUUCCCUCCUCUUCUUUUUCAGCCAGCCCGUUUCUCUCUUUUCCCCCCUUCCCUUCCCUCUCGCAGUCUCGCAUAUAUACAUAUAUAUAUAUAUAUUAUUAUUAUUAUUUUUUUUAACUUCUUUUGUCCUUGGCAAAAAAAGGCACUGCUGUUUCCACGAGUCUACCUGCUCGCCCAGCACCCAUGAAUUCAGAUAAAAAUGUGUACCUCGGCAGGGACAAAGGCAUCAUGCGGAAGAGAGCGUUGCUCCUUCGGAAAGGUUGCAGCUUCGAGAUUACCAGCUCUGCCUCGGAGGACUUGGGCUGCAGGCGUGGAGACUUCAGCAGGAAACACUAUGGUUCGGUGGAGCUGCUAAUUUCCAGUGACGCAGAUGGGGCCAUUCAGAGGGCAGGACGCUUCAGGGUGGAGAAUGGCUCGUCAGAUGAGGCUUUGGACUACACGCCGGGAACCUGGAGGAGAACCGAUGUCCAUCUGGAGAAUCCAGAGUACCACACCAGAUGGUUCUUUAAAUACUUCCUGGGAAAAGUCCAUCAGAACUAUGUGGGUACAGACGCAGAGAAGAAUCCCUUCUACCUGUCAGUCGUCCUCUCAGACCAGAACAACCAGCGGGUUCCUCAGUACAGAGCCAUCCUCUGGAGAAAGACGGGCACUCUGAAGAUCAGCCUGCCCUACAGCCCGACCAAAACACUAUCAGUCAAGUCCAUCCUAAGUGCAAUGAACAUGGACAGGUUUGAGAAAGGCCCCAGGGAGAUCCUCAACCCGGAGAUUCAGAAGGAUCUGCUGGUGUUGGAGGAACAGGAGGGUUCUGUCAACUUUAAAUUUGGCGUCCUGUUUGCCAAAGACGGACAGCUCACGGAUGACGAGAUGUUUAGCAAUGAGACGGGGAGUGAGAGCUUUGAUAAGUUUCUCACUCUGCUGGGGGAUUCCAUUACGCUGCAGGGAUGGGCAGGUUACCGUGGAGGGCUAGACACCAAGAAUGACACUACAGGAAUUAAGUCCAUCUACACAGUGUAUCAGGGCCAUGAGCUCAUGUUCCAUGUGUCUACCAUGUUACCCUACUCGAAAGAGAACAAACAGCAGGUGGAGAGAAAGAGACACAUUGGAAAUGACAUUGUUACCAUAGUAUUCCAGGAAGGGGAUGACGCAUCGUCGUCCUUCAAACCGUCCAUGAUCCGAUCGCACUUCACCCAUAUUUUUGCAUUAGUUAGGUAUAAUUGCCAGAAUGACAGUUACAGGUUGAAGAUAUUCUCAGAGGAGAGUGUUCCACUGUUUGGACCCCCUCUUCCAUCUCCGCCUGUAUUUACUGAUCACCAAGAAUUCAGGGACUUUUUAUUAGUCAAAUUAAUCAAUGGAGAGAAAGCCACACUGGAGACGCCAACGUUUGCCCAGAAGCGUCAGCGGACCCUUGACAUGUUGAUCCGCUCGCUCUACCAAGACCUCAUGCCUGACCUGCACAAGGUUCCUUUUUCUCCCCAGAACAUGUUAAACCGGCGGUCCUUCAGCGACGUGCUGCCUGAGUCUCCAAAGUCAGCACGCAAGAAGGAGGAGGCACGGCAGGCCGAGUUUGUCAGAAUAGGGCAGGCACUGAAGCUGAAGACCAUCGUGAGAGGAGAUGCCCCAACCAGCCUUGUUACCACCGGCCUGUGCAGAAAAGAGCCAUGGGAAUCUCAGCUGUUCUGCAGCACAUUCCCCUAUGAGAUCGUGUGUUCUGACUCCUGGGGUCAGUCUCUGCUGGCUGCCACCGACGCUGCAGGGGUCAUGCUGCUGGAUGGCCCUGAUCCAGCUUUGCCCAACGCCGAGCCACAGACUGUGCCCCCAGUGCAGGUGUUUGACAAAACCAUGGUGGUGAAGCAGGUGCACGUUCUCGAGCCUCAGGACCUGCUUAUCACCAGGGCGGACAAAGGGAAGGACGCUCGGCUCUAUGUGUACAGACUCAGCGCGCUCAGGAGAGGCCUGGAGGAGAAACUCAUCAGAAGCAAGUGUGACAGCCGGGAGAAUAAACUGGAGAAAACUAAAGGCUGUCAUUUGUACUCAAUCAACACCCACCACGGCUCUGAGCUGAGGAUAGUAGCAGCCAUCAGGAACAAACUCCUCCUCAUCACCAGGAAGCAUCCACGUUUCGAAGGCUUCAGCGCCAUCGCAUCGGGAGCAGACUCACCGGUGGAGGAGUUUCAGUACAUACGGGAGAUCUGUCUGUGUGACCCGCCGGUGGUGAUGGCACUUGUGGACGGGCCGACGGGGGAAAAUGACAAUAUGAUCUGCGUGGCCUAUAAACAUCAGUUUGACUUGAUCAAUGAGAGCACUGGAGAUGCCUACCGGCUACAUCAUGUGGACGCCAACAGGGUAAAUUUUGUAGCAGCCAUUGAUGUGUAUGAAGACGGGGAGGCAGGUCUGCUGCUGUGUUACAACUAUAUUUGCUACUAUAAGAAAGUUUGUCCGUUCAACGGCUCCACACCGAUGAUCCAGUCCAACACCUCCGACUUCCACUUCAGCUGGAACCAGAUGCCCAAUGCUAUUGUUUGUGCAUUCCCUUACAUCCUGGCAUUCACAACGGACUCCAUUGAGAUCCGACUGGUGGUCAAUGGCAACCUUGUGUACACAGCAGUGGUCCCAGAGCUACAGUUGGCUGCUUCACGGUCAGACAUCUAUUUUGUUUCGUCGGCUCCGGUGAGCUCAGCCUCCAACUGCAGUUCAAGAGACACCAGCUCCCAGAGUUCCCCGCAGACGCCCACCGGCUACGAGAUGCCCGUGUUCCCUUCGCCACUUGGUGACGAUUCUAUACGGAUCCCCUAUGGUACCAAGCUUUCCCUGUACAUGUCUAAGGACGCCGAAGGUGAAUCAUCAUGCAAGCACAUAUUCAAGAUCCCUCUGUGUAACUUGGUGGGACGCAGCAUAGAAAGACCACUCAAGUCCCCUCUGGUCAACAAGGUGCUGACGACGCCGACCCCCGCCAUGGUACCCCCGACUCCCCUCAUCUCUGCCACACACUCGCUUUCGCUGUCACGCAUGGAGAUCAAAGAGAUAGCCAGUCGCACACGGAAGGAGCUGCUGGGCUUGACGGAGGAACCAAGUGGGAAGUCAGACAGUGGAACAGUCAAACAGAGGAAAAUGAGCAAAAAGAACACAGAGGAAGACCACAAAGCACGACCACUGACGUCAACAAACAGUGACAGGUUAGCCUCAGAGUCUCUUGAAGCAGACCUGGAUGUCCAGCUGCAUUGUUCGUCCAGUUCGGAGCCCGAGCCAGAGAAGGCGGUGCUGCGAGCAGAGAGCCCGUCUCUCGCCAGCGCCUUCGCCCUCUCCACAUCCUUCGAAGAAGAUGUCCUGGACCUAAAGUGAAGACAAUCCCACCGUGCACUUCUCUGCCCGCCCACUCCCGUACUGUCACCAUUAUUUUAUUGUUUUGGUUGGUUUGCUUUAAUUUGUUGUUUCUUGCAUUCUUUUUUUGUUGUUGUUUUUAUCCCUGUAUCUUGGGUCUCCCCAUUCAUCUGACAAGAUGGGUGCAGUGGGAGUUAAAAGACGUGUCUGUGUGCGUUUGUUUUUCGCGAGCAGUCCCUCAGCCCCUGUGUGUUGGGUGUUUGUGUUGCCCCGCAGCAAAUAACCCAAAGAGGCGGUGAGGUUGUGUACGAUGCCGUGGUUUAUUCAGAGUUCUGCAACAGCCUUGAGAUAAUGUUAACGGUUUGAUCCCAAACCACAAACUGAAUGUAAAUCUGCGCACCAAGGCACGAUAAAAAUCUCUGCGUUCACAAUGCCCUCUGAAGUUGCUAAAGCUUAAAUAUGUGUUGUAUAUUAUGUGAUUAUUUCCGAUCCACUUUCAAAUGUUGUAUGGUAUGCAUAUGUAUGUGUACAUCUGUUUAUACAUGAAAAUGCAUACACAGUGGCAGGUGUGCAUGCCUGUCAUGCCUGUGAUGCAUAUUUAUAGAUAUAUUAUAAAAAAUCCAUUUUAUUCCCAUAUUUAGUAAAAGAUGAUGUUUUAUUCUCUCUGCACAUAUUAGUCCUUGUUCUUCUCCUUAUUCACAGUAUACAGGUAGACAGGGCUGGAGGCAAAGUCUCCCACAAGUGCCAUUUCCCAGCAUCCUCCACUGAACUACACCUCUAACAGCCACCGUAUUCUGGUGUCUGACAGUAGCAGCCAUGAUUGUAGUCCACAUUCGAUUACUAUGGUGACCCCCACAGCUCCAUUAAGUUGGAUAAAUUCACUUACUGGAGGCACUCUUCUCAGAGCCACAUGCACUCAACAUUUUACCCUAUAAGAACGAGACGUCCUUAAAUCUGCAUGACCUGCCUUUGCUGCAUGUAUUGUGACUAAAAAAAAGCUUCUUUGGAAACCACGAGGUCUGCGACAUCAUACCAAACAUAGCAGCAUAAAGCAAACCACAACCUGAGACGGCAGAAGAAGUGUGGAUGUUUUACUAGACUGUCAUGUGUGAUGGCCUGAGGGUCAAUAGUAUAGCAAAGGAAUUAAGACAAAACAAUCAAUUUAAGACAAAAAAUAUUUAUAAAAUAAAGUAUAUUGUCAUAAACUGAAAUGAUAUAAGCAGAAUUUUGUCAGAACGUAAAAAGCUAAAACUAACUUGGCUGUGAAGUGUGACAUAUUUUAAAUAUUUGAUCUUUACUGUAAGUGGAAGGAGCAAAAAGGUGAUGAAUUUUAAGUGGUCUUCAAUAUUUAAUCAUUAAUGUAGACAUAAAAAGUAUAUUGUUUACAUUACACAAUAAACCAUUUGAAUGACACACAGAAAACAUACUCUGAAUUUAGAUAGUUGUGCCUUUAAGGAAAUUGCUGUAUUUGCUCAACUAAAAUUAACACCAAGACAUAACUAAAAUUAAAGAAGAAGAAAAUAACUAUCCAUGAAAACUAACUAAAAGUGAAAAGCAUAAAAAAGGGGAAACACUAUAAAAGAAAUAACCCUAUUAGGCAUUCAGCAGCGAGCACAGAAGCCUUGCUGGUGUCUACUCCGGAUGUCCAGUAAAACUGUGAUUUACAGCUGGGACCCCAGGUGCAAGGGCACAGCCAUGAAUUAUGGGCCAAUUUACGGGACGCUGGUGACACUCCAAUUUUCUUUAAUUCCCAUACCAUCCCAUGUGUUCACUGAUAAACAGAUAUACAUGUCUUGAAGGCCAACACACCUGCGCAUAGUUUAAUUUACUGAUCAGUUAACUCAUGGGUAUUAGGUCAGAGUGUGACAGCAGUUAUUUGCAGUCAUAAGCAAACAUUCACUGACUGUUCUAACUUGACAAGGAACACUUUAUUCCCAUUUGUUCUAUUUUGUCCCUGACAUCCUGACUUUCAUUAUUAUUAUGUAAAUUAGAAAUCAGUCCUGUUUCAAACUCUAACAGGGUGAUCUCAAAGGGGUACUCCAGUGAUUUAGUAUUGCAUUUCCAUGAAGUUGUAGGGCUCAGAAGACAUUAUGUCUGAAGCCCAAACAGAAAGUUCCCAUAAGAACUGCAGAAAAAUUUGUGCAACCUUUUUAACAGGCUGAGUAGUAGUCAGUAGUAUCUUCCUCGUUUCUGGCACCAAACUACUUCAACACAGUGCAAAAACUGAAGUUAAACCUUAAAAUGUUCAGCUUAUUUGGUACAACAUAUGUUCCAAAAUAUUAAGUGUAAACCAAGAUUUUCCCCACAUUCAAAUUAAUGGAAGGAGUGUUCACAGAGUGGGUGCCAUCACAAGCAGAGUAGGGUUGAGUUGCUAUCACCAUGGCAA